CGGUGGGAGGAGCUUUACAGAAACAAGCUCGCUCUUCAAAGGUCGGUGUGACCGAACGGUGUUUAAAGAUCUCUAAAGCGGGUUAAAAUGAUGUCCCUAGCCGCUCGUUGGGGGUCUUUGUCCCCUUACUUGCAGGCUUGCGGUCCGAUGAAAGCCUUAGUCCCCUCAGUAGUAAACACUGGAGACGUGAUGAUGAACUCUGCUCGACCGGCUUCUCUGACCGGCCAUUUGGGAGCACGUCUUGCUCACACCGAUAUCAAAAUUCCUGACUUCUCUGAUUAUCGUCGUGUUGAGGUGAUAGAUCCUAAGAAAUCUUCCCAGCACAGUGGUGAUGCUAGAAAGGCCUUCUCUUACUUGUUUACCGGGGCCACUGCUGUGGUGGGGGUCUACGCGGCCAAAACCGUGGUGAGCCAGUUUGUUUCUUCAAUGAGUGCAUCUGCUGACGUCCUGGCCUUGUCCAAAAUCGAGAUCAAGUUGUCUGAUAUACCAGAGGGGAAAAACAUGACCUUUAAGUGGAGAGGUAAGCCUCUCUUCGUCCGCCACAGAACAGAGAAGGAGAUCGCAGCCGAGCAGACUGUAGACCUUUCGGAGCUUCGAGAUCCCGAACAUGACAGAGAUCGUGUCACCAACCCUUCUUGGGUUAUCGUCAUUGGAGUCUGCACUCAUCUUGGUUGUGUCCCAAUUGCAAAUGCUGGUGACUACGGUGGGUACUACUGCCCCUGCCACGGGUCGCAUUAUGAUGCAUCGGGCAGGAUUAGAAAAGGACCUGCACCCCUCAACCUGGAGGUGCCUUUUUAUGAAUUUCCUGAUGAGGAUACUGUAAUUGUUGGAUGAAGAGACAUUUCCUCUGAAUGACUUUAUUUGUCUUGCCAUAUCCUUAAUAAAUACACAUUUUAAAACAAUCAACAA